UUUAUUAACGUUAGAGGGCGAUACUUUAAAAAUCAAAGGCGCGCAAUCAAAAUGGCGGCAAAUAAUCCCAAUGAUGAUCAGACAGAAUUGAUGUGUGAGGAAGACAGUCUGAUGAGUUUUGAGAAAUUAGAUCGAGCCUCACCCGACCUAUGGCCAGAACAAAUUCCAGGUGUGAAUGGGUAUAUUGCCCAAAAUUUACCAGCAUCUGAUCAAGCACCAUGGACAUCUGCCCAAACUGUUGAUGAUAUUAAUCAGCUUCAUCAACUUGGUAAUAUGACAGUAACAAAUUUAAUAGCUGAAGUUAAAAAAUUACAUGAUGAAGCUUAUAAAUUGGGUCUUGAAGAAGCUAAAGAAAUGACCCGUGUUAUAUAAAAAAUUAUUACAUCAAGAAUUAUCGGCAAUCCAAGUUACGUAUUUUUGAAGAUUAACAUAAACAGAUGGUGAAUUUUUAUUGUGUUUACAAAUUGAGCUGUGUGAUAACAUUCCAAUCUAUGAGAAAUCGUCAAUUCAGUGAGUUUAAACAGUGAUUUAUUAUUUUAUAAUUUUAAAUGCGUUACCAAUUCAUAUGCGUUUUCAUCACGUCGAAUAAGUGGACUGCCAUUAAAAUUCGAACAUGGUACUUGUUGUCCAAUUGCACACAUUUCAACAUUAAUUCCUUUAUCAACAAAUUCCGUACAAUGUCCAAUAGGCAAAAGUUCCAUUGGCAAAGCUCGUUGUUCGUUUGUUAUUUCAUCUUGAUCAAUUGAAGCUUUACCCCAUCCAACAAGAAGUGAUAAACUUCCAACAGUUAUUAGUUGUCGUGUUGAGUAACAAAUUGGUUGAAUUGUUACUGGAAAAACAAAUGAUUCAUUUAUUGUUUUUAAUUGUCGAAUGAUUAUUUGUUACUCACAAGUAAAAGAAACAGCUUCAUCAAGACGAAUAAGAGCAAUAUUUCUAGCUAAUGUUUGAGGAUUAUAAUUAGGAUGUUUUAUAACAAAUGAUACAUUAUAAGAUUUUGUACAAUGAGCACAGAAUAUUAUAUUACAAUCAGGAUUAGUAUUUGUAUCAAAUUCACCAAGUAACACCGAGUGUCUAAAAAUAACGAAAAUAAUUUAUUUACUUUCUUCAGGCAUUAAUAAUAAUUUUCUUUAGAUAUUUUUUCAACUUACAAUAUGUAAUCUUGAUGAGUUUCUAAUGCACACGAUGCAGUUGUUAGUAUUGUUCUCUCAUUGAUAAUUGUCCCGGUGCAAGUAUAAUUAACAAUACCAUUAUUUAAAUCUGUCCAAAAAUAUUAUUAAUUAUUUAAAAUAAAUAUAAUAAUACUGCUAUUAACUUACUGAUAAAUCCUAUUCGAGCGAUAAAAGGAUACGAGCCAAUAGUAACAAUAUUACUCUUAACUAAACUUUUUCCACACUCUGAUUUCGAAUCGAAAUUUGUUGGAUAGAAAUUUUCCAUUUCCCUCGGUGAAUUGCAACAAACUUUUGGAUUUAUUCCAACGUAGCCACAUACUGCUUGUCUAAAUCUUUUACCAUAUAUUUUUUUUAUUAUUUAAUCAUUAAUAUUUUCGGAAUAAAUUUACCUGUGAACUGGAAGUAUUGCCUCGUUUAAAAGUGACACAAUGUCAGGACAAUAAUUAAUAUGAGUACAAAUUUUAUUUUGUGGACAAGAUAAAAUAUUUCCAAGUCUUUCGUUGUUCACAUAAAAAUCAACACAAUUACCAGUAGUAAUAAUAAUUAAAAAAAUAAACAUCAACAUUGUUGAAUUUAUUUAGUUAAAUUUUAUUUUAUUUUUUUUACAACUUAAUUUUAAAUAAUUUAAAUGAAUAACUUAAUGAUUCUUUAGUGGCUAAAAAACUAAUGGUCUGUUAUUUUUAUUGACCGUCAUAAACACCCUAUUCAAUGUGUUUUUAUUUUUUUUUUUUAUUUUUUAUUUUGAUGAUAAUCAUGCAAAAUUCAUUAUACCUUGAAUCUUCAUCCGGCCGGAAGCCACGAUCAUGAUGCAUUUUAAAAUCAAUAUAUCACUUUUAAUUUUUAAAAUUGUCCUCCAAUUAUUGUUUAUUUAUCAUUAUUUAUUAUUCAUAAAAUUAUUAAAAUAAUUAUUUAUAAAAAUUACAAAUAACUUGUUUACAUUCAAAAAUUAUUAAAUUAUUUAUUUGAACACUUGAAAAAUAAAAUAAAAUAAAUGGACGAUUGGACGGUAUUAAAAGGUCAGCAACCGGCAGCUCGUUUGUCAUUCCAUUCAAUGGCUGUCUCGACAAUUCCUGUAGCUUUUAAAAAAUCAACAGCAACAACAUUUGCUGUAUGUUGCCAUUCUUCAUUGUACCAUUCUGUAAUAUUAAUGUCAACAUUUUCAGCCAUUUUUCUAAGACCACCAAGUCGAUCGAAUAUAACAUCAAAUGUUGUUGGUGUUAAUUGUGCCAUUGCUGCUCGUGGUUGUGAUGAAGGAUUUCUAAUAGUAAAAAAAAA